AUGGCGACUUUUCGGCCGCCCUCUUCAUCUUCAAACAACCCUUCUCAAUUCCUUUAUUUACGAUCAUGCCCUUCUCUCUUCUUCUUCUUCUCCCUCCUCCUCCUCUCACUCUUUCUAACCUCUGCAACUUCACUCACCGUUUCAUCCCUAGUGAAUCCUCACUCCUUCACAUCCCCACGAAUCACUUACUCCGAUCAAUGCAACCACAUCGUUCCGGAGUCUCCGAUCGAUCCUUCCCACUCGGCCGCUUUCAACCGCCCUUCGCUUGCAUUCAAUGUCGGCUUCUUCUCCGGCGGCGACUCCUUCAAUCGGAACCAAUCACGGAAUGGCGACCUUAAUUCAGCUAGGUUUAGACCCAAAUCGGUCCGCAAAACUCUGGGCGGUGGGAAAAUUUACAAGGUGGAGGCCAGAUUGACUUUACAAAUCUCCAGAACCUCAGCUUCUUCCUCCAAUUACGCUGGCGAUUCAGGUCAAGGGAAGCUUCAAGUAACGCAGAUCGAAGGACGCAUGAUUCCGACGAACCCUUGGGGCGGAGCUAGCUUCGAUUUCGCCGGGUUUUGGUCGGAGUCUACAGGACAAGGCUGUAUGAUCGGAUCAACGCAAGUCCUCUCUGCACAAGGUACUUACAAGUCCUUUGAUGCUCGUCUCUUGCUUAACUACACCAACGAAUCCAAUAUCUAUGGAAGUUUGGUUAAAGGAGUGUUAGAGAUCGUGAAUAACCAGAGCGAUUUCAGAACAAUUUCGAUUCUUGGUGCAAGAAACACUCCUUUGAGCUAUGAGUAUAAGUUGCUAGAGGAAUCGAAAUCGGAUUGUGGGGUAAAUAGUGAAGAGAGUUUCUCGUUAGAGAGUGUUUUGGGAGGAAUGUGUAAGGUGUUUGGAAGUAUAAGCCAUAAUACGUUUGCUCUGAUGUACAGAAAGGAUUGUGGGAUCAACCAUAGUUGCAGUCCUUUGGGGAGUGAUGAUGGAGAGUACGCACCAAGUUUCAUGUCUCUCUUAUCGUUUCCUUGUGACGGUGAGAAGAUGCGAAUGCUUUUGUCAUUUAGCAACGAAAGCAGUAUCAGGAGGUCGUUUCCGUUUGAUCCGAGCACCACAAUGGUUGCGGAGGGAGCUUGGGAUGUAGAGAAGAACAGGUUCUGUGGUGUUGCGUGCAAGAUCUUGAAUUUCUCUGAUUCUUUGAGUAAUGCUGUGGUUGGUGAUUGUUCACUGAGGUUAAGUUUGAGAUUUCCGUCUGUUUUGUCGAUCAAGAACAUGGCUCCGGUGGUUGGGGAGAUUUGGAGUGGCAAAGCAGAGAGUGAUCCAAGCUACUUCAGAAGGAUUGAUCUCUCGAGCCUAAACAUUCCUCUGUGGCGUUUCCCUGGACUGAGAUAUGAGUAUACAGAGAGCGAGAGAGUGAGUAAGCUAUGCGGCGCUAGAAAGAGUCACACCAAAAGCAAAGGAAAGACUUACCCUAAUGCUCUAACUUCAGAUAUGAUAUUUCUCAUGUCGGUGAGAUAUUCUGGAGGAGGUACUGUGUUGAGAUCAGCCCGUGCAAGCCCUAUAUUUGUGGGAGAUCUUUUGAUGCCUGGGAAACCGGUUGGGCUAGCUGGAGUCCCUAUGAAUGUCAACAGUGUCACCAGAAGCUUCACAAACAUCACUUACAGAAUCCGUUUUCUGGUUCCGGUAUCUGAAUCUCGUGGAGAUAUCUAUGCAGAGGGAACGUAUGAUAAGGAUACAGGUGAGCUAUGCAUGGUAGGAUGUCAAUCAGUCAGGCUAAAGAGCACAGUGGCAAUGCGAAACGAGAGUGUUGAUUGCAGUCUUGCAAUCAAGAUCAAGUUUUCUCCAAUUGACUCGAAUAGCGAUGAUCGUUUGAAAGGAACCAUCGAAAGCACAAGGGAGAAGACGGAUCCGCUUUAUGUUGGACGUAUGGAGGUUACGUCGAGGUCGAUCUAUGUUCAUCAAGCCAAAGAAUCUGUUUGGAGAAUGGAUUUGGAGGUUGCUAUGGUUCUGAUAUCCAAUACGUUGUCAUGUCUCUUUGUUGGGAUGCAACUCUACCAUAUGAAGAAACACCAAGAAGCGCUUCCUUUCAUCUCCAUUGCAAUGCUGAUACUUCUCACACUAGGCCACAUGAUUCCUCUGCUAUUGAACUUCGAAGAACUCUUCAAAAGCAGCCACAACCAGCAGAGCUUGUUCUUCGAGAACGACAGAUGGCUUGAAGCCAAAGAGAUUGUGGUGAGGAUAGUGACGAUGAUUGCUUUCUUACUCGAGUGUCGUCUUCUCCAGCUAGCUUGGACUGCUAGAAAAACCGAAGAGCGUAAUCACCAUCAAGGCGUGUGGAGUGCAGAGAAGAAGGUUGCUUAUAUCUGUUUACCUCUCUACAUCACCGGUGGACUAAUUGCUUGGUUAGUCAACCGUAACAGAGCUCCUAAAAGAAUGGUAUACAUAGGGAAACCGCGCUCACGGAAUCUCUUGUACCGUCCGGUGACUCUGAAACGCUCGUUUCAACGUCCUUCUCUGUGGAAAGAUCUGAAAUCUUACGGAGGUUUGAUGCUUGACGCGUUCCUCCUUCCUCAGAUACUCUUCAACGGAUUCAGCAACUCGGAGUCAAAGUCUCUUGCCGCUUCGUUUUACGUUGGAAACAGUGUUGUUCGAUUGCUUCCUCAUGCUUAUGAUCUGUACAGAAGUCGCAGCUACGGGAAGAUUCUUGAUUGGUCGUACAUUUAUGCGAACCCCAAAAUGGAUUAUUACUCCACGGCAUGGGAUAUUAUUAUCAUCUGCAUCGGAUUCCUCUUCGCUUCUCUUGUUUUCUUGCAGCAAAAGUUCGGUGGCCGUUGUUUCAUUCCCAAGAGAUUCAGAGACAAUGUCGGAUAUGAGAAAGUCGUUGAGCUACAGCAAACUGGUGAGUCACACGAUACCAAUGAUUCUUGA